UGAAGUCUCAGGAAGCUGCCCUGUUUAAAUGUUCGUGACCCAUGAGAAGGGCAUAUAAGAAGCCAUGGCACUCCCCUUUCAAAAAGAGCUGGAGAAAUACAAGAACAUUGAUGAGGAUGAGCUUCUUGGCAAACUCUCAGAAGAGGAACUGAAACAGUUGGAAAAUGUUCUUGAUGACCUAGAUCCCAAGAGUGCACUGCUACCAGCUGGAUUCCGACAGAAAGACCAGACCCAGAAAGCAGCCACUGGCCCGUUCGAUCGCGAGCACCUCCUCAUGUACCUGGAGAAGGAAGCUUUGGAACAGAAGGACAGGGAAGACUUUGUGCCCUUCACUGGAGAAAAGAAAGAUGUGGUCAAAGGUGAGAAGGUCAAGCCAAUAUUUGAGGAACCACCCAAUCCUACCAAUGUGGAAGUAAGUCUGCAGCAGAUGAAAGCCAAUGAUCCCAGCCUGCAAGAAGUCAACCUCAACAACAUUAAGAACAUUCCAAUUCCAACCCUGAAGGAAUUUGCAAAAGCUCUGGAAACCAACACUCACGUAAAGAAGUUCAGCCUGGCUGCAACCCGUAGCAAUGACCCUGUGGCGAUUGCUUUUGCAGAUAUGCUGAAAGUAAAUAAGACCUUGAAAAGCCUCAACAUCGAAUCCAAUUUUAUCACUGGGUCCGGGAUCCUGGCCCUGGUGGAGGCACUGAGAGAGAAUGACACCCUGACGGAGAUCAAGAUCGACAACCAGAGACAGCAGCUGGGAACUGCUGUGGAGAUGGAAAUUGCCCAGAUGCUCGAGGAGAAUUCAAGGAUCCUCAAGUUUGGAUAUCAGUUUACCAAGCAAGGGCCUCGAACAAGGGUGGCAGCCGCCAUCACAAAGAAUAAUGACCUAGUUCGUAAAAAGCGAGUUGAAGGAGACCGAAGGUAAACUUUCGCAAGACGAGGCUGAGUUGCACCCUGGUGGCCAUUUAGAAAUAAGCAAGCAAAAACCCUUCUCCUUCCCCAUCAGGACCAUUUUAUUCAAGGUUGUGCAUUUCCGUUAACCACCUGGCUAAUAAUUUAAUCGUUGUUCUUUUUUAGCACUACUUAUUUAUCUUGGAUUUUUUAAGAUAUACAAUUGUCUCAUUUGCUCACGGGCACCUCUGGCAACUCGCACCAAUGGACCUCAGCAGAGCUUUAGUAGGUAACAGCGAUCGAAAAUUACUUAACCACUUUCAGAUUGGGUUGCCUGGCUUUCUUACAUGAACUUUUCUUUUUUUUUUAAAUCACUGAAAGGAAUUUAGUAUAUACAUGUAUUUGUAACUGUGAUCACGAUAGAGGCCUAUCUCUGUUUACAUGCAUAGCUUUGAGUUAGGCUAAAUACAUCAGAAGUACUCUUCUGACCACAUAAGAAGUUAGUAUUGCCAAUCUUUCACUGGGUGAGAAAAUGUGACCAACUUGGCGCAAAUUCUCCCCCAGUUCCAGAAGAAUCACUAAAUGCACAUGUCCCACUGUUGGAAGAUCAGUGGUAUCAUUUUCCUGAAAGCAAGGCAGCAUCAUGAUACUUUAACACAGCAUCAGCAAAUAAGUCUGAAAUAGUAACCCAUGAAUAGUCUUCAAGGUAGACUUACAGGCAGCAAAAUUAAUUAGCACACUUACCUUUAUUGAUUAUUCAACAUAAAUCGAUCUUUAACAUGACUCUAAUAAAUAAAACUUUUUACAAAGCUGUUUUAAACUUUUCCAGACAUGAUGGGAAAUUUUUAAAUUUUAGAAAGAGGGCGGCUUUUAAGACAGUACAUUCCUCAAUAAAACAAUAAUAAUUACACCUUA